UGUUUACUCCAACUGCCAGCGGCUUGUCGUUGGCUGGAACCAUGGCUGGAACUGCUGCACAACCUGUUUGUUGAUCGCUCAGUGUGGCUUAUUAACACUCCGAGUUUAUUAUAAGCCGGCUUGAUUUCUCGGGCGGGGUUAGCCUGCCGUCGCCAGGAAGACUUAGCUGGCUGUCUGACAGCAGGGACAGCAGCAUGACGAGUGUGUCCUCGGCUUGAAUUUGGCGACGGAAUUAAACUGAGAGGCUUUUCAGAUGUAGCUUGUUAGCUAGCUGCGUCGCGUACAGUGCACACACAGCUUUUUUUGUUCUGCUCUUCAACAGGCUCUGCGUGACAAAUUAGCAUCAGCUUUCAGUGCAGACAGGGCGCAAAACAGCGGCUGUUUUGUUGAACAAACGUGUCAAGAGUUAUCCCCGGUUGUCAACCUUAGCCCCGGGGCUAACCCCCGGUUGCCGACCGAAUUAAUGGCCGGAAAUCCGAGGAGGGGCGCCGGUCUCAUCGGCUUGAUGAAGGACGCCUUUCAGCCCCACCAGCAGCCUCCACAGCCUCACCAACCUGCAGUGGUCGAUAAGAAAAUGGUGGAAAAAUGCUGGAAACUCAUGGAUAAGGUGGUGCGCUUGUGCCAGAACCCUAAGGUGGCUUUGAAGAACAGCCCCCCCUACAUCCUGGACCUGCUGCCGGACACCUACCAGCACCUGCGCACCAUUCUGUCCAGAUACGAGGGCAAAAUGGAGAUCCUUGGGGAGAACGAGUAUUUCCGUGUGGUCAUGGAGAACCUGACCAACAAGACAAAACAGACAAUGAGUCUUUUCAAGGAGGCCAAGGAGAGGAUGUAUGAGGAGAACUCUCAGCCAAGGCGAAACCUCACCAAGCUGUCUCUGAUCUUCAGUCACAUGCUAGCAGAGCUAAAAGCCAUCUUCCCCAAUGGCUUAUUUCAAGGCGACAACUUCAGGAUCACCAAAGCUGAUGCAGCCGAAUUUUGGAGAAGAUCGUUUGGGGACAAGACUAUAGUGCCAUGGAGGACAUUUCGUCAGGCCCUCCACGAGUUUCACCCCAUCAGCUUGGGCUUGGAGGCCAUGGCCCUCAAGUCCACCAUCGACCUCACCUGCAACGACUACAUCUCUGUGUUUGAGUUCGACAUCUUCACCAGGCUCUUCCAGCCCUGGUCGUCUCUUUUAAGGAACUGGAACAGUCUGGCUGUCACACAUCCUGGUUACAUGGCUUUCCUAACGUACGACGAGGUCAAAGCUCGGCUGCAGAGGUUCAUCCACAAACCUGGCAGCUACAUCUUCAGGCUGAGCUGCACCCGGCUGGGCCAGUGGGCCAUCGGCUACGUGACGGCUGACGGGAACAUCCUGCAGACCAUCCCCCAUAACAAACCCCUCUUCCAAGCCCUCAUUGAUGGAUACAGAGAGGGAUUCUAUCUGUUCCCAGAUGGUCGUGCACAGAACCCAGACCUGACAGGGCUGUGUGAACCUUCUCCCCAGGAUCACAUCAAAGUUACUCAGGAGCAGUAUGAGCUGUACUGUGAGAUGGGCUCCACUUUCCAGCUGUGUAAGAUCUGUGCAGAAAACGACAAGGACGUGAAGAUCGAGCCCUGCAGACACCUGAUGUGCACCUCCUGUCUGACAGCCUGGCAGGAGUCGGAGGGUCAAGGCUGCCCUUUUUGCCGCUGUGAGAUUAAAGGCACAGAGCCCAUCGUGGUGGACCCGUUCCACCCGAAGGCUAGCGGGGCUUCCUUUGCUGGUUUCCAGGGAUCCAGCAGAGCAGAAGCUGCCGGCAAUGAUGAGGAAGAAGAUGAUCGGCUGGAGGACCAGCAUCUUGUCAUGAGCAGGCUGGCCUGCACCAAGGUAGAACGUCCACCAUCUCCAGUGUCUCAGCUGCCUCCGGUGCCCCCUCGGCUGGACCUCCUUCAGCAGAGGCCCUCAGGCUCCCACAGCGCACAGGGUCCAGGUGCCACAGCCAAGAUGGCAGCCUCUCACAGAGACAAGCCCCUGCCUCCGCCUCCAGCCCUGAGGGAGUUGCCCCCUCCUCCCCCUCCUGAGCGCCCCCUCUUCGUCGGCCAGGACUCCAGACUCCAGAGGAGACCCCUGCCCUCCACCCCUGACCAGCCCACCUGGGCUUCCAACUACAUGGUCCCACGCCCAGCAUCCAAGGCCCUGUCGGCUCUGUCCUCCACCCCUCAGAGCAACGGAACCAGUGGAGAGGGAAGCAAAGCCCAAGCGGCUACUAAUGCCGUCUACUGCCUGGCUGCGAGGGCUCUGCCAGCGGCGUCGAGCGGGGAGAAGUCGUCGUCUGACUGUGAGGAGAACGAGUACAUGAGUCCCACCUCUCUGCCAGCCUCUGGUGCCCCCUGGGUCAUAACGGGAUCCUUGGUGCCCCCACCCCCAGCCCAGGCCAACCACCACAAUGACAUCAGUGAGUUGGGUGACAGUGACUCUGAGGACCCCCAAGUCUAUGAGUCCAUGUGUAUUAUCCAGGCCCAGGCCGGUUCCUCGGACGCUGCACAGGCCUCUGACAUGGACCACCCUCAGCAUUCAGCUGUGGUUGCCAAGGACAAGAAGGAGGACACCGGUGAGGAGGAUGUUUACGAGUAUGACUGUCCCAGACCCGUGGCUCCUCCCGCCCCCACCAGAAGAACCCUGUCAGAUGCCAGCGGCCCCUCAGCUGCCUUCAGCGCUCUCAGCAUAGACAGCGCAGUAGAAGCCAGUAUGUUUGCAGCAGGUGUUGACCCUGAACGUCCCCCCAAACCUCUCCCACGCCGAGCCAACUCUGACCGACGGCCCCGGCCGGUGAACCGUGACUUCUCCGCUCCAUUGCCAGAGCUCCCUGGUCCCUCCUCCUUCUCUGCCUCCCCUCCUCUUCUUCCUCCUCCUCCUCCGCCCGCAGGUCCAGGAAGCCUGGCCCUGAACGGGGAGAUCGAAUGCCUGAUGUCCCAAGGCUACUCCAUCCAGGACAUCCAGAAAGCCCUGAUGAUCGCCCAGAACAACCUGGAGACGGCCAAGAACAUCCUGCGCGAGUUUGUCUCCAUCCCCUCCACGGCACACAUCGCCACAUAGUCGCACCCCGGUCUCGGCCAUCCUCCCCGUCUCGUCCCCCGUCUCCACUCUGUGCCAUUGCCAUGGAUAGCAUUUACCGAGCACUUUCCUGCAGGGCCACAAGUACUCGGCAAGAGGCUUCCCUUCAAGGAGUCAUGCUGCGUUCACGUCAUAUCAGGAGGUGCGGACAAACGAGAUGACGGCUGUCAUCAUCUGCGAGUUCUAGUCUAUGAAAUAUCACCCAAAGUCAUCUGUAACAAACUGCAACAGGUUUAACUUGCUUUUCCAAGUUGACUUUUAGUUUGAAGGUAUAUUAUGAUCUUGGACUAAUGCUGCAAACAAUGCAACGUUUUUGAAAAUGCCUCAAAAUCAGGGGGAGCUUGAGUCUCCUUUCAGACAGCAGUUCAAAACUUUUGGUCCAGUUUGGUUUUGGGAGCAGCGCAGGAGCGGUCCGAUAGGACCUGAACGCAGCAUACGUGGAGAACGGAAGCCUUUUCAAUGUGAGCUCUCUGUAGCCAAGCUUUGACCCUGUUGUACGUGGCUGAGGUGCACUCGUGCUGUCAGCCUCAGUACUUUGUUUCUCUCAUUAAGCUAAGUGUUUAAGCUGCAGUGACUGUGAUCAGUGGAGGGACCCUGCCGGUCGGCGUUGUUCGACUCAGUGUCCCGCUGCUGGCAGCCGUUCAGUUUGGUGCUUUUACGAGCUUCUCGGCAAAUUGUGGCGUACAAAUAUGUAGCGACGCGAGUUCGGUCGGAAAAUUAGUGAUUAACUGUGUGGUGUGUGUGUGUGUGUGUGUGUGUGUGUGUGUGUGCGUGCGUGUGUGUGCGUGCGCUCAUGCUGAUGAAUGUGAAUGUUCAGUCGCGGUGCAGCAUCGCAGGGCUUCAUGUCGUAAACGUCACUGUGGCUCGCUCGAUGGUAUUUGACUCCAUGUUUCCUCUCAGAUCGCGGUUUACUGACGGUUCUAUAACGAAAUAUUAAGUUUAAUGUCGAAGUACUCUCAUAAGGUGUUGUGCUGUGUGUAGAACUAACAAUGGCUGAACUUUCAGAAGUUUUAUUUUUGUCUUUUAAUUCCAUGAUGACCUGACACUGAAGGCUGGUUUAUUCGCUCCGAAGCUUCUCGAAACUCUCGUAGUUUCUUACUAAGAAGGGAAAGCAUCACAUUUGUUCUCAGAUUCAGGAGGUUCUGAGGAAUCACAUUGAAGGGAUUUACUCUGAGCUCUAAAGCAAAAAGCUGAAGGUUGUCACAUGGACUCAGGUACUCAGUAACAAGUCAGGGUUGAAUAUAAUGAAUGAAAAGAUGCCGAACGCCACGUGAUGAUGUGACAUCGGAAACAUUUUGGACGAGCACAAACUCACAGCUUUUCUUUCUUAUUGUCGCACGUUUCAGAUUUGCACUCAGCAGUUAAAAAUUUGCUGUGUGAUGAACGUUGAAAAUGCCAGCCCACCAGCUGGAACACAACCUUCUGAGCGAGGUGUUGGACGUGAAAUGGUUAACCGAGCAGUGGAGGUUCUGUGAACGUACCCCAACAGCCCAGCCAGUCAGCACCCAUAGUGUUCAAAAUGUGUGUGUGAACUGUAGUCAGUUUACGUUCACACACUGCAGCUUACUUUUAUCUCAACUGCAUGUUCAUUACUUAAGCUGUUUGAACAUAUCCACUGCUUUAGCUUGUUUUUUCCUUUCAUAUUCUCAUUUCUCUGAUUAUUUUAACUUUCCAUUUCGAGCAUUUGUGCUCCACUUUUGUCCCCAUUUGAUAGCUAACUUAUUUGUGUUUAUCCAUUAUGUUAACAGUGUUAACUCCAACUCGUUUUCUCCACUUUAAAAGCAGCCCAGAAGAUUGCUGACUGUCUGCUGAGUUCUUAUGAUCAACAGUCUUCCCAUAAAUCAUUUUAUGACCUGAAAACUCAAAUGUGAAGACUGUGAGUCGUGCUGUGACAAUUAGAAGGCCUGUCCCGGACUGAGUCAAGUUUUCCAGUCCUCGACACAAAGUCAUCAGCUGGACCACAAAAUUUUCAAAUCAACACAGAAAAUUGAAACGACUGCAUAGUCCUCUGACGUCGUGGAUUUCACUCAGGUUCUCACAUUUCUUUCCAGUGGACCAAUGAAGAUGUCAUUCCCUUAAUGUUACGGCUGCUCUGCCUGUCAGUCACAUGUUGGUGUCUGUGUAUUAACAGAAUGACAGCAUCACGAGCUCAUUUUGAGCGAGGAUUAAAAGAUGUCUGACUCAUCAGAGCUUAGUCCAGGACUACGUCCGUGCAGAAUACAAAAUACUUUAUGAGAGAAGCUCCGUCUGCUGUGUUCCACAUUAACGUGCACCGUCAUGAACGCAGCCAGAAACAAGACGCGAGCUGAGCAUCUCACUUUCACUUUCACGCAUCACCUGGUAAACAUCUCAAGUUUCCCCUUUAAGGGUGCAGUUUCCCUUUUCCUUUCCAAAACAGGUUCUCAGUUGUCACGUUUGAGUUCAGCAGUGACAUGUUGUAAAUGUGCCUUCUGUCCAUCUCAGCCUGCACACGGCAGCAGACAGACCGAAACGCUUCCUCCACCUUAGCUGCUGAAGUGAAAUCUGCACGGCUUCCUGUAGUUUGAGCCCUUUUCUGACAGUGUUUGUCUCAGACGUUCACUUUCAUGCAUGAUGUGCAGCUGUUUCACAGGAACGAAAUGGGUCUCAAAUUCUUUCAAAUUUAGUGAACGCAUUGUGUAACUUAAGCAUUUCUGCCCUGCAGUUUGUCGUAACCUACUGGCUGACACACCUAUAAGUCCUGACAUAUUUCUCUGUCUUAUGUGAAAGCACAUUUGCUGAUCCCCUAGUUGAUAAUGCCAUAUUUGUUAGGCUGCGAUAACCUUUCUAUUUGAUAUAUUUUUCUUCUAAAAUGGGUUUGAAAUGUGUCGACGUGUGCAGAACCCAGUCAGGACUCUUCAGAGUCCCGUCAAAAGCUCCUGCACACUCAUUUAAAACCGUGAAAUAAGCAAAAACUCAGAUGGACAGACCAUGUCCCCCCGCUGACAGGACUGAGGUCGGUCAGUCUGCCGAGGAUCCGCAGAAAUCUUGUAGCUUUAAUUGCCCGGGAACCAAAAGCGUUCGUAAGCGUCGCGCUGCGUUGUGUUGCGUCCCUCGGCUUUGUGCUCUCUCACUCUGACGGGGGGUCAACUCUGAGUGUGUGAGGAAACACUCGAGGCUGACGGUCAUGUUGAAUCACUGCCAGAGGCUCCCCUGUCUCUCUCUCUCACACACACACACACACACACACACACACACUCCCCUCACGGUCACUGGUAAACUCAGCGGGUGUGUUGGUUCACAUCCACAGGUUUAGGUUCACUGGCCUUUUCAACGAAAACUUGCCUACUAAAAAGUUGUCAUUGCUUUGUUGUUGCUUGUGUAAAUAUGAUUUUAUUUAUUGUCUUUUUAAUAUCCUCAGCAUUCAUUUUGUUGCCAUGUUUUCAUGCCUAAGCCAUUAAGAUUUUUAAUUAAACAGUAUUUUCUUUAACAUCUGA